CGGAAGUAGUUCAAAGAAAUUCCCGCGUAGUUUGCAGUGUUUGGAAAAGCUAUGUGCGGCCAAUAAAACCAAAAGAAGAAGAAGAGAUCCCGGUGUUUGUGUGUUUACAAGCGAAUUACCACGAUGUCAAAACUAAAGAGGAAAAAAUCAGCAGUGGAGGAAUGUAGAUCCGAGCAGCUGUUCCGGAUCAAAAAGACAAAUGAGAAUUUAUGCACAUUGCAGGAAAGUAGUUGCAGUAAAACAUCUACGGGCAGUUCUGCUGCUGAUGCUGUGUCAUGGUGGGAGAGAUCUGAAUUAAGUGAUGUGGAGAGAAUCUGGGCUCUUACCUGGAGGGCCCUUUGCCCAACCCUGCAGCCAAACGAGGAAGAAUAUGUUCCACAGCUUCCUCCACCCUCAUCCACGUUCCCUCAGAGAGAUCCUGUAGAAAAAGUAAGUGAUUGGAGAUGGCACAGUCCAGAUGAAGUUGUUAAUGCCCCUCCUGAUCUGCCUGCUCAAUCUUUCCUCAAUCAGCUACCACCAGUGAAUGACUUUAACCCGCAUUCACACCCUCCAGUAGCACAGAACACAAGGGAAUCUGGACAAUCACCCCUCAUCAAUCAAGAAAGUCAUAAAUCUCAAAUUUCUCAGCAGUGCCACCUAGAGGAAAAAGUUAAUUGUGGCCAUGCAUCGUCAGACAAACCGAGCAACAAGCUUGGCCCGGCAGGGAAAGAAUCUGAAUGUCGUGAGAUGGAGCAUCAUGGGAAGACAACCAUCAAGAGUUGUAGCUCGUUAAAGAGAGCCCCCAGCUAUGAAAUGGUUGAGGGAGUUAAACUGAACACAAAGGCACCUUCUGUGCACAGGUACAGACAAGACAGUUCAGCCAUGACAGGAGGGCAAGGUAGAGAGAGGGAGGGGAGGAUGUCAGAAAAGCAAAUGGGUGCUGGAGGAUCUUUAGGAAGACUGGAAGUAGAAUCAGGAGCAAGAGGAUCUGGGCUGGGAAAAAAAUCAGGAGUAGGAGGAUCUGGAUCAGGGCUACAAACAAAAUCAGUACGAGGAGGAUCUGGAUUAAGCUGGGGAACACAAUUAGGAGUGGGAGGAUCUGGAUCGGGGCUGUUAAUAAAAUCAGCGGCAGGAGGAUCUGGAUCUGGACUGGGAGCAAAAUCAGGAGGCCUGCAAACAAAAUCAGGAUCUGGAUUAAGCUGGGGAACACAAUCAGAAGGAGGAGGAUCUGGAUCAGGGCUUGGAGUUAAAUCAGAAGCAGGAGCAUCUGAAGAAGGGUCUGGAUCAGGACUAGAGUGUUGCCCUAUGUGUCUUAUGCCGUUUCAUGCAGGGUUCUCCCAAAUGGAAUGUGAUGCUCAUCUUGCACAGUGUUUAUCGGAGAUGAAUGAAGAUAUUGCCUGGUGAUGAUAACACCGUCAUGUUAUAUAAACCAGUCUGCUGGAUCCCUGUAUUAUCUUCCUCCACAUGUGCUUACAUUGCAUCACAAGGAUAUGUAGAUAUUCUAUACAUGAUUUCCUGAACUUUAUAAAUUAAAGUAAUAUUUACAUCUAAAAUUUGAAUUUGAGUAAAAGAUCACAUGAAAUGCCCAUGCAAGUGCUAUUUUUUCUAUCCUGUUUUGACAUUAUUCCUAUUGAAAAAGGAAGUUUUAGGUGUUUUUUUUUAUUAUUAUCUAAAUAGCCAAUAGCCUUUAGUUUACAUCACACCCGUGAACCAUGAUUUGCUACUUUCUGUUGCUAGUCAGAAGUGAUAUAACAGCGCAUUCUCUUUCUAGACUAGAGCAUUUGAGUAAGAUAUCAAUAUUUUUUGUCCACUUUCCCGAAAGAGAGUUACUGUAAAUUUUAAAUGCGUGCAUUGCUCAAUGAUAUUUUUCUCAACUUUGUGGGGUAUACUAGCUUAUAUGACCUCAAAACUAAAGCUAACAAGGACCAAAAGCUACAAAAUUUCAAUUUUGAUUGGGUCUAUAAAAUUGGAAUGACAUUUUGAAAUUCCUCUAUGCUGAGACUCGAACCUGUCAAGUAUUUCUCAUCAUAAAAUAAGAUCAAGAUCUGCAUUUUGCAUUAAGCACAGCGUCAAACUGAUGUGUUCUCCAGGUUCUCACAGGACAAUGUUGUUUUUCUUUGUUGUUUUUUUUUUUUAAACCCACAUAUUGGGUUCCCAAACCCAGAAAUCAUGAGACAGGAAAUCUAAAGUCAUUACAAUGAACAUUUACUGAUUUACAGUUGUUAUGUAAGAUGCAUAAGUCUUAACCUUAAAAGACCAAAGACAUGUUCACAUCUCUCUCCCAUUCUCAGCCCACAGAAACUCUACUAUAGCUUUCAUUUGCAAUAAUUUUUAAAAACAAACACUUCAGAUAUAAAAGUAUCCCCAGCAUUGAUAAAAGUGUAAUUUGCUUUGGACUCAACAUAAGGAAAGAACAAAAAAAAAAAAAAAAAAAAGCAGAAAACAGCUCGCAACAGAUUUUGUAUUUUGCAAGUUAUUAAAUAAUGGAAAUUUCUUAACCUCUUUUGGUAGUUGUUCAAACACGCAACUACAAAUGCUUUUAGGGAAUGGAUCUCAUAUUUAUUGCAGUUUUGGCUCUGAAUUUAAGACCAGCGUUUGGGAGAUUGAAGAUAUCUCUGAUAAUGGUGCACUGCAGAAACAGAUUUAUUUAUUUUUCUGAAAAUGAUUAAGGGUUAAAUUACAGAUAUUUACAAAGAUGAACAAUGCCAAACUCAUUCCAUUUAAAAAAUUAACAAAGUUAAAACAAUGCACAAUCAUCUGAUACUUAUACAUGUGGAUUCUGUACAUUAGCUCGAGCUGGUGGUAAAUUAAGUUGUUGGUUGUAUGAACAUGGUUUAUUGGUCCUUUGUAAAAUACCAUAGUACCUGUUCUCAUACUGUUGCAAGUAUAACCAUUGGUUUAUGAAUGAAAUAUGAGGUUUUAUUUUAUUUAUAAGGUGAAGACGUAAUUUCUGAGCAACAAGUGGCACCGAAUGGAAUUGCAAAAAUAAUGACAUUUUCAACCUCGUUUCUAACCAAUGGAAGAAUAGGGGAGUGUUUUCAAACAGGCUUUCCAAACUGUCUUCCAUUGGCCAAUCAAACUAAUAUUCACGACCCAAACUUAUGCCAUUAAUUGAGCCGGUGUUAUGAUGUCGGGAUUCCCUAAGCUGGGAUAGGAGAAAGUAUUUUAACCUAAAAAAUAUAUUGCACACAUAACCUUUAAGUCAAAUGUCAUGUUGAAGUUUCCUUCAAUGAUGCAGGACCAUGGUUACCACCCCCAUCAGGGCUGUCAAGCUAUAUGUGAAAGCCACUUGUUGGCAGUUCAUAAAAGAACAUAGUUUGCAUCCAAGUUCUUGUAAUAAACAAAGCAUCUAUAUGUCAUUCAUAAAGAUGCUCAUAUAAAUUUUGUGCCUGAUUUUGUACCAGCUUUUCAUUCACAACGGUUGAGUAAUCUGGUUUUUUUUCUCUGCCUUGUUAUCGUUACGGACGACACACAUGUUAUCUCCUGGGUUGCUCUUUAUUCCUAGCCUGCCUGCUAAUCUCACUACUGUCUGACACAAAAGAAGCAAAUUAAUCCUGUUAACAUGGCAGUGGUUCUUCAUGCAGGUCUGAUAUCAUCAAAGCGUUCACAUAAGAGUGGUCUUCCGCUUCUCUCUCCAAGAAAAAAAGGAAAUAAAAAGCUCAAAACUUAGAGGUUAAGUGCAUUGAAAGAUAAAAAACAUAUCUAGUUGCUUGAUAACUAUAUCACUUGGAGGGAUUAAUCAGUAAAGCUAGCCUGUGAUUGGUUGUUUUGAUUCUUUAAAGGGAAAUUACAGGUUUUGAAGUUAAAUUUAAAGACCUUUUUGUGUGGCCUGGAAUUUAAAUGUACCCUUCAUUUUUCCAAGUGGAAAAGGUGUGUGUAGCUAUGUUCUCACAAGCUUUGCAGUAUGUGUACUGUGUACAGUAUGCAUGGUAUACCUGGGUGACCUACCACAUUUGUCAAAAUGUGCAGUAUACAACAGCACACUGUGCAGAAUACCAUAUUUCACAACACAAUGAGCUCAACUUGACAUUCCAUUUCCAGUGUGAUGAAUGAACCGAAAGUAAUUACAGCUGUGAUUUCUGUUUUCACUCAUUACUUGAUCAAACUGCCAAAAGUUAAGGCAGUUUUAAACAAAACUGAAUAAAAAAUUCACAAUAUUUCCAAUGCCUUGCAUAUUAUUUGCAUGAAGGUAACUGGAUGCCACUAGUAUGCAACGUGAUGAGGUCAUGUCACAAUGCAAACCAAAUUACUUUGGUUUGAAAUAUUUAUCAUAAAAUAAUGCCUACUAUUUCACUUACUAUUUAAAAAAAAUAGAAUGCAGAACACAGUGUAUACUUUACUGUAUUCAUUAAGUAGUUAUUUUUCUGCUUGGAUUGAAUUGAAUUUAGCAUUUAAUUUAGCAUUUGGAUUGUGUAGACUUCCUGUAUUCAGGUCAUGUGACAUUCUGUUGCAUUUUUUGAGAUUCUGUUGCACAAGUUUACCACCACAUGACGGUGACAACAUGAUGUACAAAGGCUCAACAGCACGCUAUUGACAGAUCACAUGAUAGUUAUCGACAUGAUUACAACAACACUGAGUAACAGCCAUUUGUGUAAUUUAGUGUGCGAUUGUAAUAAACUAAACUGUUUUAUGUAUUUGGGCUUUGAGAUCAUUCAGUGUCUGACCUUCAUGUCUGUGGUACUAAAUUUUGGACAACAUUUGUAUCAGUGUGUUUGUGUUAUGCAAAAAUCACACCUGCGGCCCACAUUCGUAUUGAAUGAUGCAUUGGAAAAAUAACUCCAAGCAUAGUGAAUUUUGGAUCUUUGAGGCACUUCUUCAAAAACACAUGUUGUCUCCCAUUUACUCAGUAAAAACAAGUACAGUUAAAAGCAUAAUAGUUGUUUAAAGCACAGCUACCCACUGUGGAUGAAACCAUCACGGUCAUAAAUUAAAAUGUGCCACUUUGCAUCAUAGAAGGCAUCAUAAAUUCUUUGAUUGGCUACCUACACUAUAUUACAAGUUUUAUCUUUUUUUUUAACCUUUCAACAUUGUACAUUCUUGUUUUGCUUGAGGUCGCACCUCAUACAAGAUUAAAAAGAAUCAAAACUGAGAAAGUUUAACAGAAAAUAAAAGUGCACAUAAAGUUAAAACUUUCAUAUUUAGCGAGGGAUGAUGGGGAAUGUAGUCUCUUAUGGACGCAGGCACAAUGAUGGAGCUUACUUGAGUCCCAGGCAACAGUGCGCGCACACAAACAAGGGCAUCAAAAUCAAAGAGGACGCUGGGAAGAAGGAAGACAAUAAACGGCUGAAAUUUUGGGAAUAGUGUAGAGUUUGUUUUCUGCAAAAUUUUCAUCUCCAGUUGUUUAUUCUUCCAGUGUAACCCCAAAAUUACGUGGGGAGGGUCAGAAAGUCUUAGUGUUACUUUUUGUCUUUAACACAGAAAAAGAUGGGCAUCCUGCUGUCUUCUCUGUGAACACAGUCUGAGAAUAACUCAGCUGCAGUAGUCUUGUGGAGUCACAGGCGGAAAAAUAUCGGCUGUGU